AAUUUAGAAAUAAAAAAUAAUAAAGUAAAUCGAAGUGUGAAUAAAGAUAAGAUGAGAUGAGAUGGUAUUGUCCAUCUAUCUUCUUCUUCUACUCAUUCCACAUCUGACAUCUCCUAGUUUAUUUCUUUUUAGACAUGGCUAAAUCACUUUUCUUUUUCUUCUUAGCCGUCUCUCUUAUGUUUCUUCUUGCAGCGGCUUCGACAACUGCAGCUGCAGGGAACGCCACAAGUGGGUUGAGAUACGGCGGAUGUGCUCCCGGAGACACUGUUAGAGAAUGCAUAACGGCGGAGAUUGAGGAGGAUGGAGUUGAGGCUUUGGUGCGGCGGGUUCUACAGCAACAGAGGAAUAAAGUAAGCUACCGAGUUCUACAGAAGCAGAGGCCAGCUUCGAACUGUAAGAUCAUUGCUAAUUGCAUCGGAAUAGCUAAUCAGAAAAACGCACCUUGCACUUCCUACGAAAGAUGCAAACGUGCCACUGGCUAAUAUUUCGUUUAUUUUCUCUCUUGAUUAUGUGUGUGUUUGAGAUCCCUUCUUUUGUUUAUCUUUUAAAGAAUCUAAUGUAACAAUAAGAACGUCUGUCGGUUGGAAUAAAUGUUGAUCGAAUUUAAUGCAAAAAACAUUGCUUAUAUAAUACAUUGAUGAAAUUUUUAGUUUA